AAGACCAGUUUGGGGGAAGGCUUGACCCCUGGCGGCCAGCAGAAGCCGGCGUCGGGAGCCCAGGCGGUGGGGCCGCCGGGAUCGGGCUCUCUGGGCUGCAGCUGCGGGAGCAGGCACCCCUCGGGUGCAGAGGGAAAAGGAGGCAUGGCUUCGGUGUUCAUGUGCGGCGUGGAGGACCUGCUGUUCAGCGGCAGCCGCUUCGUAUGGAACUUGACCGUGUCCACGCUGCGGAGAUGGUACACGGAGAGGCUGCGGGCUUGCCACCAGGUGCUGCGGACGUGGUGCGGGCUGCGAGACGUGUACCAGAUGACAGAAGGCAGGCACUGCCAGGUGCACCUGCUGGAUGACAGGAGAUUGGAGCUGCUGGUUCAGCCCAAACUUUUGUCAAGAGAGUUGCUGGACCUCGUGGCUUCGCAUUUCAACCUAAAAGAAAAGGAGUACUUUGGAAUCACGUUUACAGAUGACACAGGUCAGCAGAACUGGCUACAGCUAGACCACCGAGUUCUUGACCAUGACUUGCCCAAGAAACCAGGCCCAACCAUUUUGCACUUUUCUGUGAGGUUUUACAUUGAGAGCAUAUCGUUUUUGAGGGAUAAAACCACCGUGGAGCUGUUUUUCCUGAAUGCAAAGUCCUGCGUGCACAAGGUAAGGGCCCGGUCUGUCCUGGUCAGUGAAGGACUCCGGAGGGGCUGGAUCGGCCCACAGCUCCGGGCCUCCCUGGCCUGGCGGAGUCCUCCCUCCGUGCGGCUGUGUGCACAGGAGGAAUUUGAGAGGCCCCAGGGAGCUGCAUCCGUGCACUCACUUGUGUCCUUAUCUCACUGGCUCUUCGCACUGUUUGCAGGCUUGGCAGUAAACGAAGAAACUGUCUUCAGGUUAGCGGCGCUUGUCCUGCAGGAAGCCAAAGGGGAUUACACCAGUGAUGAAAAUGCCAGGAAAGAUUUAAAGACGCUACCAGCCUUUCCAACCAAAACUCUGCAGGAGCAUCCAUCUCUUGCCUACUGUGAGGACAGGGUAAUUGAGCAUUAUUUGAAAAUCAAAGGUCUGACUCGGGGUCAAGCUGUGGUUCAGUAUAUGAAAAUAGUAGAAGCCCUACCAACUUACGGAGUCCAUUAUUAUGCAGUAAAGGAUAAACAAGGACUUCCUUGGUGGCUUGGAAUCAGCUAUAAAGGAAUUGGCCAGUAUGAUUUACAAGAUAAGGUGAAACCUCGGAAAUUGUUCCAAUGGAAACAGCUGGAGAACUUGUAUUUCCGUGAGAAAAAGUUUGCUGUUGAAGUUCACGAUCCGCGGAGGAUUUCAGUAUCAAGAAGAACUUUUGGGCAAAGUGGCCUCUUUGUGCAGACGUGGUAUGCGAACUCUUCUCUCAUCAAGUCCAUCUGGGUAAUGGCAAUUAGUCAGCAUCAGUUUUACUUGGACCGGAAGCAAAGCAAAGCAAAAAUUCCCUCAGCCAGGAGUUUAGACGAUAUUGCUUUGGAUUUGACGGAGACUGGAACACCAAGGGUCUCCAAAAUGGUGACACUCGAGGCAAAAAAUCAGUUCAUCAUGGCAAGCAAUGGCAGCUUAAUCUCUUCAGGUUCUCAAGACUCUGAAGUCAGCGAGGAGCAAAAACGGGAGAAAAUCCUCGAACUCAAGAAGAAGGAGAAGCUGUUACAAGAAAAACUCCUGAAAAAAGUUGAAGAGUUGAAAAAGAUCUGUUUGCGGGAGGCUGUGAGUGUCUUCUUGCAGGAUCCUGCUUUGCAAGAACUGGAGAGCAAUUUCCUAAUCCAGCAAAAGCUGGUUGAAGCUGCAAAGAAACUUGCCAACGAGCCAGACCUUUGUAAAACCGUGAAGAAAAAACGAAAGCAAGAUUACACGGAUGCGGUGAAAAAGCUUCAGGAGAUUGAAAAUGCAAUCAAUGAAUACCGAAUUAGAUGUGGAAAGAAACCCAGCCAGAAAGCAGCCGUUACUUUACCAGAGGACAUCAUCCCAUCAGAAAGCAGCUCCUUGUCCGACACUGCCACCUAUGAUGAUCCCAACGACACCUUCAGUCUUGCUGGGCAGCGAUCAAGUUCAGUACCUCACUCUCCAAGAAUUCUCCCCCCCAAGUCUCUCGGGAUUGAGCGAAUCCACUUCAGAAAGUCGUCCAUCAAUGAGCAGUUUGUGGAUACCAGACAGUCCAGGGAGAUGCUGUCGACACACAGCAGUCCUUACAGAACCCUGGAGAGGCGGCCCCAGGGGGGACGGAGCAUGCCCACCACGCCCGUCCUUACCCGCAACGCCUACAGCAGCAGCCACUUGGAACCCGAAUCUUCAUCUCAGCACUGCCGCCAGCGGAGCGGAAGCCUCGAGUCCCAGUCUCACCUGCUCUCCGAGGUGGACAACGACAAGCCAUUCUUCUCCCUCUCCAAGUCCCAAAGAAGCAGCAGCACAGAAAUCCUGGAUGACGGGUCCUCCUACACCAGCCAGUCAAGCACGGAGUAUUGCUGCGUGACGCCCGUGGCCGGGCCCUACUACACCGCCCAGACCCUGGACACUCGCUCCAGGGGGCGCCGAAGGUCCAAGAAGCAGAGCGUUUCGGCUUCCAGCUCCGGGAGCAUGCCCAACCUGGCGCAGAAGGAGAGCCUGCGGAACGGCGUCCACGCCAGGAGCCAGGAGCCGCCCGCUUCCAGCUGCUACAUCGCCGGCUACGCGGCGUACGCGGAGGCUGAGCUCUAUUACGGGGGCGGCUACGUCUACGAGAGCGACACGGAGGGGCAGUACAGUGUCAACCCGCCCUACCGCUCCGCCGCCCACUACGGGUACGACCGCCCGAGGGACCACAGCAGGUCCUUCCACGAAGACGAGGUGGACCGGGUGCCGCACAACCCGUACGCCACCCUGCGGCUGCCGAGGAAGGCGGCCGCCAAGUCGGAGCACAUCACCAAAAACAUCCACAAGGCCUUGGUCGCCGAGCACCUGCGCGGCUGGUACCAGCGGGCCUCCGGGCAGAAGGAGCAGGGCCACAGUGCGCAGACGAGCUUCGACGCGGACAGGGGCUCGCAGAGAAGCCUGGGCUUCGCGGGGCUCCAAGUGCCCUGUUCUCCGAGCAGCCGUGCGUCUUCCUACUCAUCAGUGUCUUCUACAAAUGCUUCUGGGAACUGGAGGACCCAGAUAACCUUAGGGUUAUCUGAAUACGAGACCCCGGCACAUUCUUCUUACACCAGCUGCUAUGGCAACAUCUAUAAUCCUUUGCCCUCUCCAGGCAGGCAGUACACAGAGACCGGUCAACUGGACGGUCCAGAUGGAAACCAGUUGGAGGACAGCCUGGAGGGCAGUGAGCAGAGGCUCUUCUGGCAUGAAGACUCCAAGCCUGGGACAUUAGUCUGAACUGCAGUUGGGCCUCUUGACCGAGCACUGCGUUCUCACACUAGUGUGCCUUGCAAAACGCGUUCGUCUUCCCAGAAGGCCAUUGGCUUUAGAAACCUCCAGGCAUCCGAGGUGGAAGAGAGGACUCACAUGGCCCCGGAAGUGAACCACAUACUCAGCCGCACAAAACCCCUGAACCACAACCUGCCUUUCCAAGUCCAGGCGCUAACCUCACAGAGCAAGGUCGGACCACGUUGCCAGGGAGGACUCAGCCUUUCUCAAUAGCAAGCACUACUUAAGGGAAUAAAAGUCGUUGAAGGCAGACCUCACAACUGUGAAAAGUGCGUUCAGGGUCUCCAAAAGGAAAGCAGGACAGGGGAGAUUUCAGAGCACAAUUCAGAAUGAAGAGAGAAGAGAAGACACAAGCUCCUCAGUCACCGCUCACCAUCGGAAGGCUUGAAUUUGUGAGCUGGCGAAGAAUUACAUACCAUGUCUACCCAGACGUGAACAACUUAGACAGUAUUGGAGAAUUACUUGAAGGGAAGCUGGAUUUUCAUGAAGUUCCGAAUGAGUGUAGAUGUUUUUAGGCUACUAUCAAGAGUGAUGGUUUUCCUAAGCACCAUAAAAUGGGUUCUGGAAAGACUGGCUGCCAUAGCAUCCUGUCAUAUAACUUCACGGUAACGGACUGGGGGAGAUGAAGCAGCCCACUGAGUAACUGGCAAACUCUGCUUGGAGAAUGUUCUAAGGUACAGUGUCGCUGAGUUCCUUCUGUCUUUCUACGCCAGCGGCAUGAUGGGCUGGUACCUCCCCAACUCGGCUGUCACUGAAAUGGCAGCCUUGACUUGGAAAGCUUUUAUAAUCAAGAGUUUGAAAAAGGAUUCUGAGGAGAUACAGAAAGAGCCCAACAACAUAAAGGAAAAAAAAACACGAAAACCACAUCAUUUUAGACGAAUUGCGUGCCUUAAAGUUGUGAACAAUAGAAACGUGAACAUGUUGUCUUCCACAGGCAGUUCUAAGUCACCAAGUGACAGAAACAAGAUUAGUCAUUGAAAACAAAAGCAAAAAACCUCCAAGCUGCAGUAGAUUUAAUUAUGAGGCUAAAACUACCUCAUACUUUCCUUGGAAGAACUAAUUCGCUAUGGUUGAUUGUAGGGAAUUUUUUUUUAAACAAAUAUUUCCAUAUUCCAGAUGAAUCUUUUUUUGUCAUCUCUACUCUGCUUCAGAAUUCCAUAAAAGGUGCUCCUUCCCCCCUCUUUUAUACAGGUUUCUUGUUCAUAUUGUGAAUAGAGAAGUUUCUGAACAACUUUUUUGGGAACAUUUUCUAUCUAUAUUCCAAAGCAUGUAAUAUAUACAUAAAGAUGAUUUGUUAAACUGGUCCUUAGUCAUUUGUAUCAUUAAAAAAUGAAGUUUGGGGGAAAAAAACUUGGAAAACAAAAAGACAUGCAAAAAAGUAACUUAUUCCUUUUUGCAUAUUUGUGUAGCCUUCUAGAAACAGAAAUACCCUUUUGCAUAUUCUUUUAUUGUUCUGACUUUUUAAAGACCUAUUAUUUUUUUACAUAGGUCAAUAAAUUAAAGGUGUGCUACUGAAAA